ACGACUCCUCAACUUCCUCCUCUCCUCGUCUUCCUUGAACUCCUCUGCCCCUGCCCCCCCCCUCCCCACUGUGGAGGCCGUGACUAUCGAUGACAUCAUCCAGCUCGAGCUGCUCCGAUUGGCCGCAGUGCAAAUUCCAUGUGCACAAAGUUAUUUUAUCACGUUACUGUGUUCUUUCUCGCUGACUUUGACUGCGUGGCCGGCCGUAAGAAGACACUGACUCUCUCUCGCGCUCUCGCACGCACGAGUGCGUGGGUGGAGUCAGGAGGACUCGACUGUCGCGUGAGCACACGCACGCACACACAUACUCACGCACACACAGCGAGAGUCAGCCGAGUCGCCAGGACAUGAAGAUAUGAACGCACGAAGCCGAGAAGAUAUGAAGACAUGAAGACAUGGACUUGCUAGUGUGCGCGGUGUUCGUUGUAUUUGUGGGCGUCUCUCCCGUCAGCACUCGCAGCACAGAUUCCCUCCAUGAGGUUUUGUCCGAGUUCAGCGUGGUUCGCCCAGUCAGAACCGACUCGCUGGGCCGCUUCCUGUCGGUGUCACUCUCUGCCCAGUCUCCGCCGCCGCGCAGCAAAAGACAGGCCCCCCGGAGCGAGACACCAUGGACUUCGGACUCGGAGCUCUUCUACAACGUGACUGUGUUUGGACAGGAGAUGCACCUGCGGCUGCGUGCCAACCUCCGCCUGGUGGCCCCGCACGCCACCAUGGAGUGGUGGCAGGAGUCGGAACCAAAGCGCUCGGAGCCAAUCGGGGACACGGGCUGCCUCUACACGGGGGGCGUGUCCAACAUGGAGGACACAAGCGUUGCCCUUAGCAACUGCGACGGACUGGUGAGUGGCGCUCAUCUCAUGGCAUCAAUGACAUUCUGUUACUUGACAGACUGCUCAGUUAUCAAGUCCAGCGCGGCGGGGUGCUCAUCUGUCUCUAGAUCAUACACCAACUGACACGUUGCACUUAUCUCACGGACCCAUUUCGACACGAGCGGACAAGCAAACCAUCAGUGAAGCCACCUGUGGCCGGCCGCUCGAAUCAUGGCUUUGACCAAAGUGACAAAAAAAGAUUAUGCUCAUUUCAGUAAAGAGUGGGCUCCACGCCCGCAUUCUAUUUUGUGUGUUCCUCGGCUGGGAAGCGAUGGAGUCAAAAUGCCCGAUAACUAAGAUGUAAGGAAUG